ACCGCCAUCCAUCAGCCGAAUCCCGGGAUCUGCUGCGCAUGCGGACUGCAAUGCGAGCGCAGUUCCGUGUUGGUACGAACUACAAUUCUCAGAAUGCAAUCGGUCACCAGCUUGUGGAAAUUAGAGUUCGAGCGCUGAAGAAUAUUUUGUGUAAAAUUGAUCAUGGUUUGAUAUCUGUUGUUGAUCUGGCUCAAGAAAAAAGUCUUUUCAUUCGACUUCUGGAAUGGUUCAACUUUCCAACUAUUCCAAUGCAAGAAGAAGUACUCACGCUAUGUAAUCGCCUUGUAAAGCAUUCUUCAGUUGCCCGAUUAUUUCGAGAAAUUGGAGCUUUAGAAUUUCUAGCACAGCUGCGAUCCAAUGUGGAGCCAAAGUUACAAGCGUGCAUCGAUGAAGUUAUGGAUGAUCUGUUCAAACUGCCAGAUACAAUUGUUGAUGUGCCACCUAUUGCCUAUCAGUCACAACCUCUGAAAUCCUCUGAUAAUAAAGCUAUACCUCCUGUAACAUUCGAAGAGGAAAUAGUUGGUUACUUUCAGAGAAGCAGCUGCAGUCAAAUACAACAAAGCAGAAUUUUGCCUCAGAAAGCAGUUGGUAAUGAUACAGUGAAAUGCCUGAAGUAUUCCACCUUUCCUUGGUUGACGCUCACUAUGACAGAUAGGCAUGUUCUUUCAUCAAAUGAAAGCUCUCUGAAAAGCAGUAAUCACACCUUAGUUCGCAAUACUUGUGAACUUCUGCAAGAUGUCAUAAUGCAGGAUUUUCCUGCUGAGAUCUUCCUUCAGCGUCCAAAGAUUGUCCAGAACCUUCUCUUGUUGACAAAAUUAGCGUUUGGUGGAGAUGGAACACAAUAUUUAGCGAUGCAAGCCGUGGGUUGCUUGACCCAACUGUCUGUGUAUCUGCAGAGGAGACUAAACUUUCACAGGGAUCCCAGCUUCUUUUCUACAAAACAAGAUUUAGUUUCUCAGCACUCUUCUGUGGCUUAUUCUCAGGAAACAAGGGGGACACACAUUUCCCAAAAUCCCUCUCUAAGAAGUACCAGUCCCAGACCAUCCGUAGUUGGGCGAACUGUUCAACGUCCCAGAGGAGAUGGCCAAGAUGGUGAUGCAGUAUCAUCAAGUGCAAGCAGUUCUCAGAGGUUUGCUAACUCUGGAAGUCCGCUGUCUAACCAUUCAAUUGUUGACUUGGAACUUCCUGAGAUGGAAAGUGAUGAUUCCUUGGAGCUUCAGUUCCAGCAGCUUACCCUUCCACAGUUUUGUGUGGCUGUACUGGAGCAUGCAGUGCCAAUGCUCAGAACAGGUAGUCAGAAGAUGGUGAUGUAUGUUUUGGAACUGUUGUUUGAAGUGCUGUUGCUCGUCGGUGAUUCAAUCUCUGAAGAUGUCUGGAAUGAUGACAGUCUUCUGGGACGUGAACUAAUGGAAAGCCUGGUGGCAAUCUUGGAUACUCUAGCGGAAACUCUUGACUACCACUAUAUCAGCAUUACUGAAGAGCAGUCAGAGUCUGAUCUGAUGCAUCACCGAAUGGCUUUUAUUAGCAUUGCGUUAUUCACUAUACGCCUGCUACAAAUAAUUCUCCCUGUGGAGAAGGCAAGAAAAAUUCUGCCAGAGAACCUAGGGAGUGUUCUAUAUCUUCUGUCCCUGGAUUUAUCAUUUCGUUUCAGCUACCACAGCAUUCAUGAGACUGUCACUGCAUACUUAGAGCAGGUCAGCCUGGAGAGUUACAAGAUAUAUAAGAGAGCAACUGAGAUGUUGGAAUCAAUGGAGUGUGUAUGUACUUUUCUCAAAGCUGCUGAAACCAAGGGUGAAAUGAAUCUUAUGGAGCUGAUUGAAUUUGCAGACCAGGCUUUGAUUAGCCUUCCUUAUCAUCAGCAGCUGCAAGUGAUCCUAAGAUAUGUUGAAAUCUGCUCAGAAAUUUCCAAAUCUGCAGAGGCCAUGCCAAUACUUGACCGCGAGAGUCGGAAAAUAUUUCUGAAACUUUUGUCUCACACCUUGCCAACUAUUAAAGUCGAAACUUAUCGCUGCUGUUUAAAUCUCGUGAAGGCUUGUCUUGGAAUCCACAAUGUUAUCAACCCAAUGUCAUCAAUUUCUCGAGGUGUUAAUUUCCUUCUCCAUCCCUGGGUUUUGUAUGAAAUAUGUACAUUUGGUCUAAUGGAUUCAACUGAACAGGUGAACUGUGCAGCAAAAGAGAUACUUAUUAUCUUACUGCAGAGCCACCUGGUCUUGAGCACUUCAAGUUGGAAUAUGUUAAUUGAAGCUUUAUAUCCUGUGAUUCCAAUACUCCAGGGCUUUGCAUCAGUUGAAGAUCCACUAGGAACAUGCAUCCUUGCACUGAGUGGACCAUGCAAUGAAGAUACUGCUGGCAUUCUGUCAUGCGCAGCCAAAAUUCGUGCAUCUCUUCGACUUUUUAUGAGCAAACUGCAUUUAGUGCGCUCUGUAGCUUUUACACACUUGAUGCCUCACCUGGUUAAUGAAGAAGAUGCCUCCGACAAACUUCCUGUGCUGCAAGGAAGUAUAUUGAAUCAUGUGUCUGAUUUGUACAUGUUGGAGAAAUCUAUUGAUUUGCAAUUAGACACUGGCAAAUCUUUUUUCAAGGAAGACAAUGUCUGUAAAGUGUAUGGAAUCCUGAUCUCUGAGACAGUUGACCUGUCUCUUCGGAAAUCUGCAGCAGAGCAACUGGCUGUUAUGGCUCAAGAUGCCAAACUCCAUGCUGUGUUGAAAAACCAAGGUAUCGUAGAAAAGAUUGUUUCAUUUGCACAUGAAAGUGUGCACAGAAAUGGAAAGAGCAUGCAGUGCAUGGUGUUGCCAUGUCUUACAAUUUUACGAAAGCUGGUUUACUUGGAUCCAACUUUGCGCCACAGCCUAGCUCAGCAGUCCUCUUUUCUGCUUACCCUCUUCAGAGUGUCCCUGGCUUUGCAGAAGGACAAAGAAAUUCUUAGUGAGGUGGCAGCUCUGCUAACUCUACUGCUGUUUGAUGAAGUAGCCAGGAUAGAUUCCUGGUCUGAUAACAUCACUGCUCCAUCCCCGCCAUUCAGUUUACCAGUUGUUGUAACCCAAAGAAUGAGCAAGAAGCAGGAUUGGAUAUCACUGUGGUCUUUGGCAGAUGAACAGAACAAUGAGGAUCAAAUGCCAUCACAACUAGGUCUGGCGUGGCUCAUUCCACUUUGGGUUGACCGAGACCCUGAGGUCCGUUUUGGCAGUUUGGGUAUUGGAUCAGCAUUGACUCUGGUUGAGAAUGGCUGCAUUGCAUUUGCAGCCAGCUGUCAGAAUAUUUCUGGAGGAUUAUGGGGCACAGUUCUAAACAUCCUUCUGGACCAAUCUGAAUGCAGUAUGGCUCGUAAGGAGGCUGCGUCCAUACUACAGAAUUUGCUGAUGAUUUGUAUGCCAACCACAUUGGAGGAGGCCAAGAAUUAUGUCUGGCAGCUUGAGAAGGAGAAUCUGAACUCCGAUGUAACAGUAUUACAGUUGACUAAAGGUCAGAGUGACUCAGAAGCUACCCAAUCACCGCACAGCAGGAAUUCUCAUGUUUCUGAUCCUCCAUUAGAGCAGUGUGCAGUCAUUACCCUUCACUUCUCAUCAGCUCUAUGUGGCUUGCUUGCUAACCUACUGGCAACUAUUCCAGAAGACACAUUAAAUGCAGUCAAGCAAAACCAGUUGCUUGCAGCUUUCCAUGGUUUGGUAAACACUGGUUUGCUGGAGAGGUGCCUGUGGGAGUUGGGAGCACCACUGACUCGCCUUAACCACUACGAAGAUAUUAAAGCUCAGGUUUUGAGCCACCUUCAAUAUCUGUCUGCAUUUUCUGGUUUAGUUCAACACUGUUUCGUCUUGCAUCCAGAUCACGUAACUCAGGAUGACUUUCUGAAGCCAUUGUUGUUAAAUAUAUUCACUGUACUUUGUAUACGGUGCAAGGAUUAUUUUGGCUGUGAGGUAACAUCUGCCAUCUACCAAGCAUGGACAGACUUAUUUAUGCUUUUGAACACAAUCCUACGGAAAACUGCUCAGGAUACAUUCCCAGCAGUUGUAACUGCAGUGGCAAAACAUUGGGCUGCUCUCAUAGGUACGAUUUCCUUGUGCAUUCAGAUGUCUACCACCAGACCCAGUUUGUAUACAGUAUCCUUACAAUUCAUUUCUCUCCUUCUGACUGAAGAGGGAAAGAGGCAAUGCCAAAUUGGAGCUAUAAAUUGCUCAAUCAACUGUCUGGCUCUUACAAAGCUUUUAGAUGGAAAUGAAGGGGAUGAAUCAUCAGGCAGCCAGCUCUGUGAGAGCCUAUUAAAGAGCUUUGAGGGUAAAUCAUCUGACGAUACUCUCAGGAAGGUUGCAGCAGGUGCUCUUAUAGCAUUGCUUCCUGUAAGCAUUUGUGCUCAGAAGCAUGCAUUGGAAGCUGGCCUCAUUGACAGCUGUAUAGAGCAGAUGAAGCAUACUUAUGUACAAUUCAACUUGGAUUCACUGAGACCUGGAAAAGUGAUCCAAAGGAAAAAGGAUGAUAGUCUUACCAGAGAGCUGAAAAUGGUGAUGCAUUUGCUGAGGAAUUGCUUAUAUCACAAUGUUGAAUGCAAAGUUGCAGCAUCUGAUGCUCACCUUGUGAGUGCAAUUUACUCACUUUGGCCCUGGUUUUUAAUGGAUGAUAAGCUGAUUUUGGCAGCCCUGAAACUGUUAUGUGUCUACACAGCAAACCUACCAGCAUCAUGUGUUUCCCUGUGCUGUGGAAGUGGAGCACCACUUGUUUCCCAUUCUUCUCAAAAGGGUAUAGCAGGUAACUCUCUAGUUCACAUGAUCAUGAAGCAAGCCUUGCAGAAGACCCACAACAACAGUGCAAUUCAGCAAAUGGCAUUUGCUGUCCUUUCCAACUUGGCCAUUUCCCAUGAGUGUAAAGGCGUGUUGCAGAAGAGCAAUUUCUUGCAUAACUUCCUUGUGCUACCAUUACCAAAGACAGCAGGAAAACCACUAAGCACUCUUGCUGUGCUUUGGCUGAAGCUGUUGCUGAAUAUAUCUUUUGAAGAUGAAGGACAACAGAUGAUUCUGAAGAUGAAUGGUAGUCUGGAGCUUUUGACAGCAAUGUCCCAGCACAAGCACAAGAACAACCAGACUACUGCUUUGCUUGUGCUUCAUAAUAUUUGUUUCAGUCCUGCCAACAAGCCAAAGGUUCUAGCUAAUGAUAAAACCAUGUCAGUAUUUGCUGCUUGUCUAGAAAAUGACAAUCCUACAGUUCAGACGAUAGGUGCCUCAGCACUUUGGGCUUUACUUCAUAACUACCAAAAGGCCAAAGUUACACUGAAAAAUCCAUCGAUGAAGAGGAGAGUGGAUGAAGCUAAUUUUUCAAUCAAGAAAUGUAACCUUGAAGGUUCUCUCAAUCUUUAUCUUUUGAAGUGUCUGGAAAAUCUAGCAAUUUUGCUGAACUGUUAGUGACUGUGAUGCUAAUGUGAGAAAUUUAUUGAGGAGUGGCAUUCAUCCUGCCUGUAAAUCAUGUAUAUAUUUAAUUGAUGUUCUAAUGCAUUUUCCACAAUAAAGUGUUUGUGUUCUUGGUU